GUUUCUAUUUAGGCAAUUCAUUUUCCUUUCCCCAGUUCCAACACUCCUUAAACCUCCGUCUCGUGUUCCUGUUUCAAAACAGAAAAGCUCGCCGCCUCACACUUCAGCCAUGGAAGAUGUGUGUGAGGGCAAGGAUUUCUCUUUUCCUAACCAGGAGGAAAGGAUUCUUGAGUUCUGGUCCCAAAUUGACGCCUUCAAGACUCAAUUGAAACGCACCGAGAACCAACCUGAGUACGUAUUCUACGAUGGACCGCCCUUCGCCACCGGCCUCCCGCACUAUGGCCACAUCUUGGCUGGGACCAUCAAGGACGUUGUCACCCGCUACCAGACCAUGAGAGGUCAUCACGUCACCCGGCGCUUCGGUUGGGACUGCCAUGGAUUGCCUGUUGAAAAUGAGAUUGACAGGAAGCUGGGUGUCAAGAAGAGAGAUGAUGUCCUGAAGAUGGGGAUCGGUGUUUAUAACGAGGAGUGCAGGAGCAUUGUUACAAGGUAUGUUGAGGAGUGGGAGAAGGUCAUUACUAGGACGGGGAGGUGGAUUGAUUUUAAGAACGAUUACAAGACAAUGGACUUGAGCUUUAUGGAGAGUGUUUGGUGGGUUUUUUCCCAGCUUUAUGGCAAGGGACUUGUAUACAGAGGCUUCAAGGUGAUGCCUUAUAGCACUGGUUGCAAGACUCCACUGUCUAAUUUCGAAGCUGGUCAGAAUUACAAGGAUGUCCCUGACCCUGAAAUAAUGGUGGCUUUUCCCAUUGUUGGGGAUCCAGACAAUGCAGCUUUUGUGGCUUGGACAACCACCCCAUGGACCCUUCCUAGUAAUCUUGCCCUCUGUGUCAAUGAGAAUUUCGUCUACGUAAAAGUUAGAAACAAGUACUCAAGAAAAGUUUAUGUGGUUGCUGAAUCUCGGUUGUCUGCACUUCCCACCGAUAAGCCAAAAUUAAAUGCUGCUAAUGGACCUGCUGGUGACACCAAGAAAUCAAAUACCAAGUCUAAAGGUGGAAAAACUGGAGAAGCCGAUUCCUAUGAGUUGCUGGAAAAAGUCUCUGGGGCUUCACUAGUUGGAAAGAAGUAUGAACCAUUAUUUGAUUAUUUCAAGGAGCUUUCAGACACAGCAUUUAGAGUUAUUGCAGACAAUUAUGUCACUGAUGAUAGUGGUACGGGAAUUGUUCAUUGUGCCCCUGCAUUUGGUGAAGAUGAUUAUCGUGUUUGCCUUGAAAAUCAGAUAAUUAGUAAGGGCGAAAAUCUGAUUGUAGCAGUGGAUGAUGAUGGCUUAUUUACUGGGAAAAUUACUGACUUUAGUAGUUGCUAUGUCAAGGAUGCCGACAAGGAUAUAAUUGAAGCUGUGAAGGCAAAAGGCAGGCUUGUGAAGUCUGGAAGCUUUACACAUUCUUAUCCCUUCUGUUGGAGAUCUGACACUCCUCUUAUUUACAGAGCAGUUCCUAGUUGGUUUGUUCGGGUGGAAAAACUGAAAGAACAAUUGUUAGAAAACAACAAGCAAACCUAUUGGGUGCCUGAAUAUGUGAAGGAUAAACGCUUCCAUAAUUGGCUGGAAAAUGCACGGGACUGGGCUAUCAGUAGAAGUAGAUUCUGGGGCACUCCUAUUCCCAUAUGGAUCAGUGAGGAUGGGGAGGAAAUAAUUGUUAUGGAUUCAAUUGGCAAACUUGAAAAGCUUUCUGGUGUUAAGGUCUCUCUCAGUCCUCUUCCCUAUGUGACUUUCUUUUGGGUGCAAAUAUGGUUGUGUCUGCAUGUCUCUCUCUCUAUCUAUUUUAUGAAAAAUAUGAGUGUUCUUUCCAUUGGGAAAACCACCAGAUCUGGUGGUUUAACGAAAGGUAGAACUGUGAUUCGAGCUUAA